CUACCUGCAAUUUUUUUAUAACUUUCUUACCUCGCCCGCGCGCUUUGUAUCCAAACAAGCGGCAACGCAAUCAGUCUUUCUCUUUCAGAAGCGGCAGCCGCGCAGGCUCAACGCGCGCCUGUUGUUUGAUCAAGAUGGCGACCACAUCUAAUAUGUUCCUGUACUCUCUGAGUAUCCAGCCUCCCUCCACCAUCACGAGAGCUAUCCUUGGCCAGUUCUCCGGAACCAAGGAGCAACAGAUUGUUGCUGCAUCGGGCUCGCGGUUGACUCUUUAUCGCCCCGAUCCCACUCAGGGCAAGGUUGUGCCGCUUAUGUCGCAUGAUGUUUUCGGUAUCAUCCGAGAUCUGGCCUCGUUCCGUCUGGCUGGUAGCAGCAAAGACUAUUUAAUCAUCGCAAGUGACUCUGGUAGAAUUACUAUUGUCGAGUAUUUACCAGCACAAAAUCGGUUCUCCAGGAUACAUCUCGAGACCUUUGGCAAGUCAGGAGUCCGGCGUGUAGUUCCGGGCCAGUACCUCGCUGCCGAUCCAAAAGGUAGAGCAUGCCUGAUAGCUUCAGUAGAGCGCUGCAAGCUGGUCUAUGUGCUCAACCGCAAUUCUCAGGCCGAGCUGACCAUCUCAUCUCCGCUUGAGGCUCACAAAAAUGGCACCCUUACCCUCUCCCUGGUGGCUCUUGACGUUGGAUAUUCGAACCCCGUCUUUGCCGCCCUCGAGGUUGACUAUUCUGAGGUUGACCAAGAUCCAAAGGGUGACGCGGCUCAGAACGUCGAAACCGUUCUGAACUACUACGAACUGGAUCUUGGACUGAACCACGUUGUGCGAAAGUGGUUCGACGUCGUCGAUCCAACAGCCAGCAUGCUAUUCCAAGUCCCAGGAGGUAGCGAUGGGCCCAGUGGAGUCCUGGUCUGUGGCGAAGAAAACAUCACAUACAGGCACUCGAACCAAGAUGCCUUCCGUGUUCCAAUACCAAGGCGGAAGGGCGCAACCGAAGACCCCAACAGGAAACGCAACAUCGUUUCUGGUGUAAUGCAUAAACUCAAGGGAAGCGCCGGCGCCUUUUUCUUCCUGCUGCAGACCGAAGAUGGAGAUCUGUUCAAAGUCACAAUUGAUAUGGUUGAAGACGCAGAAGGAAAUCCGACUGGGGAAGUGAGGCGACUCAAGAUUAAAUAUUUUGACACCAUCCCCGUGUCCAACAACCUUUGCAUCCUUAAGAGCGGUUUCCUCUUUGUUGCCAGCGAAUUCGGCAAUCACCUCUUCUACCAAUUCGAGAAGCUCGGCGAUGACGAUGAAGAGCUCGAAUUUUCCAGCAACGACUUCCCAGUUGACCCCAAGGAACCAUAUGAGCCCGUCUACUUUUACCCCAGGCCCACUGAGAACCUGGCCCUUGUCGAGAGCAUUGACUCGGUGAAUCCUUUGAUGGAUCUCAAGGUUGCCAACCUGACCGAGGAAGAUGCGCCUCAGAUAUACACGGUCAGCGGCAAGGGAGCCCGCAGUACAUUCCGUAUGCUCAAGCAUGGCCUGGAGGUCAACGAGAUUGUUGCGUCACAGCUACCAGGAACGCCUUCAGCAGUAUGGACUACCAAGCUGCGACGAGAUGACGAGUAUGAUGCGUACAUAGUCCUGUCAUUCACGAAUGGCACAUUAGUAUUGAGCAUCGGUGAGACGGUCGAGGAAGUCAGUGACACCGGCUUUCUGUCAUCCGUCCCGACCCUGGCUGUUCAGCAGUUGGGCGACGAUGGGCUUUUACAAGUACACCCCAAAGGAAUCCGUCACAUUCGUAAUGGUGUUGUCAACGAAUGGUCAUCCCCACAACACCGCUCCAUAGUUGCCGCAGCGACCAACGAAAGGCAGGUCGCUGUUGCUUUGAGCAGUGGUGAAAUUGUCUACUUCGAAAUGGAUACAGACGGCUCCCUGGCGGAGUACGACGAGAAGAAAGAGAUGUUUGGUACUGUGACAAGUUUGAGCUUGGGCGAGGUUCCUGAAGGACGUCUUCGAAGCUCAUACCUGGCGGUUGGUUGCGAUGACUGCACCGUAAGAAUUCUGAGCCUUGACCCGGAGUCAACUCUGGAGAGCAAGUCAGUGCAAGCACUCACGGCAGCUCCGUCUGCGCUGUCAAUAAUGUCGAUGGAAGACUCGUCUUCUGGCGGCACAACACUGUAUCUUCAUAUCGGUCUGAACUCGGGUGUAUACCUGCGCACCGUGUUAGAUGAAGUGACUGGAGAACUCACAGACACACGACAAAAGUUCCUGGGGCCGAAGGCCGUAAGACUAUUCCAAGUCUCCGUUCAGAAAAGAACCUGCGUGCUUGCUCUCAGUUCGAGGUCAUGGCUUGGAUUCUCUGACCCGGUCACUAAAGGGUUCACCAUGACACCUCUAAACUACGAAGAACUUGAAUGGGGGUGGAACUUUGUGAGCGAGCAGUGCGAGGAGGGCAUGGUCGGUGUCAACGGCCAGUUUCUUCGAAUCUUUGCGAUUGAGAAACUUGGGGACAACGUCAUUCAAAAGUCCAUUCCAUUGACGUAUACACCACGGAAACUGGCUAAACACCCCACUCAGCGCAUAUUCUACACCAUCGAGGCAGACAACAAUACUUUGGCACCCGAACUACGAGAGCAACUGAUGGCAGCGCCCACGGCUGUAAACGGCGACGCCAGAGUCCUUCCUCCAGAGGAAUUCGGAUACCCUCGUGGAAAUGGCCGGUGGGCAUCCUGCAUUAGUGUGGUUGAUCCGCUGGGUGACGGUGAAGAGCUUGAGCCUGGGGUUUUGCAAAGGAUUGAUCUCGACAACAACGAGGCGGCGGUGAGCAUGGCUGUCGUGUCUUUUGCCUCUCAGGAUGGCGAGAGCUUCCUUGUGGUCGGCACUGGCAAGGACAUGGUGGUCAACCCACGACGCUUUAGCGAAGGCUACAUCCAUGUUUACCGGUUCUCGGAAGAUGGACGUGAGCUGGAGUUCAUUCACAAGACUAAGGUCGAGGAGCCGCCCACAGCUCUCCUGCCGUUCCAGGGGAGGCUUGUCGCCGGUAUUGGUCGUAUGUUGAGGAUAUACGACCUUGGUCUCAGGCAGUUGCUCCGGAAGGCGCAAGCAGAAGUGGCACCACAGCUCAUCGUAUCUCUGAACACACAAGGCAGCCGGAUCAUUGUCGGAGACGUACAACACGGCUUGAUCUAUGUCGCCUACAAGAGCGAGACCAACAGGCUGAUUCCGUUUGCCGAUGAUACCAUCGCGAGAUGGACAACCUGCACAACCAUGGUUGACUACGACUCGACAGCGGGCGCAGACAAGUUUGGUAACCUCUGGAUCUUGCGAUGCCCUGAAAAGGCUAGCCAAGAGUCGGACGAACCAGGCUCAGAGGUGCAUCUUGUUCACAGCAGGGACUACCUCCACGGCACAUCCAACCGUCUAGCUCUCAUGGCCCAUGUUUACACGCAAGACAUACCUACCAGCAUCUGCAAGACAAAUUUGGUGGUCGGUGGGCAGGAAGUACUACUUUGGGGCGGCUUCCAGGGUACUAUCGGCGUGUUGAUACCUUUCGUCAGUCGUGAGGAUGCCGACUUCUUCCAAAGUCUCGAACAGCAUCUUAGGAGUGAAGAUCCGCCGCUUGCAGGAAGAGAUCAUCUUAUGUACAGGGGCUAUUACGUACCUGUCAAGGGUGUUAUCGACGGCGAUCUCUGUGAAAGGUACACUUUGUUGCCUAAUGACAAGAAACAGAUGAUUGCCGGCGAACUCGAUCGCUCAGUGAGAGAGAUCGAGCGCAAGAUCUCAGAUAUUCGUACCCGUUCUGCUUUCUAAUUCUGCCUCAUUGGCUUUUGAGGGAAAAUAUGGCUAUGUUGAUGGAUAUCAAUCAUGUAUUGGUAUGUUACUACUUGUGUUACAAGAUGGGAACCAAUGUUCCAAUGUAAAUAUGGCGGCGUAUGGCGAUGGCGUUGGUGUGUUCUAUAUUUGAAGGGUCAACAAAGAAGAUAAUGAGAGAUGUUAUAUCUGUUUUGCAGCUCAACCGCUUUCUGGGAAACCCCUUAGCCCAGCUUGGUUUACAUGGCGCAUCAAGUUGACCAUGGCAGAAUGCUCACUUUGUGCCACACUAUGGUUGGCUACAUGGUGAGUUGUGAUUCGAUUUCAGAAUCUAAACGCUGCCGUUGUCAGGAAUAAGAAUCCUGUCGCAGCAUACAUAUAGCACCUGCUAUCGCCACGAGCCCAGACCAAAACUUGACAGGGGCCAGGCGGAUGAAGACCUUGCAGGCAUGGUCGAAGAAGAGGAGGCGGAUGCCGGUGUGUUGAGACGGUUCCAACCCCCGCUUCCCCUUUUACUUCUGCGGCCGGCCACCGGAUGCGCCCUCUCCCAAGCUUCAUCGGCAAAGUAGGCUUCGACGGCGGCGUCGACGUCGUAAUCGUUCUGCUCCAGGUACAGCACUGCGACGUCGUAGUCGGCCUCCUUGCAGGCCACCAUCCACCUACGUAUGCGGCCCUUGCGGCGCUCCUCUUCCUCACCCUCGACGGGGUGCGGACUCAAGCUGGUGGUCGUGGUGGCGCCGCCGUCGUGGCCACCUCCCGCGGCGACGGGGAUGAGGACCACGCGCCGGCCCAGCAGGAGGUGGUCGCUGCCGAGGCGGUUGGCGCGGCGCAGGGCGGCGGCCGGAACGUUGUAGCGCAGCGACAGGGAAGAGACGCUGUCGUGCUCGUGGUCGAGGAAGUGGAGGAUCGGGGAGUCUUUGUUGUUUGUCGUCGUUGGUGUCUCCGCCCCUGUCCUUUUUCCCUUUUCAGGUGGUGCUGGCGGCUCGGCGGUCGUGCUGUAUGGCGGCGGCGCCUCGAUCGGAGGGCGGGAUGCGGCUGCUGUCACGAAGCCGUACGACGGUGGGUCUUUGAGCCCCGCUGGUGGCAGGCUAGAGGGGCCCGUAGAGAUUUGGCAGUAUGGGCAGUAAUGUGCGAAUCGAUUAUUGUUCUAUAUAUACAACUUCCGCAUAUGGUCCGGCCGCAGCAUCCCAGCUGCCGAUGCUCCGGCAACGGGGCCGGCGGCUUCUCGGAGUUCUCGGGCGUGGAUUCUUUGGUGUAGUGGGGUAAGACGGAGAGCAGCUUUGCGCAAGUGCAGCAGGAGG